CGCAAGGCGGGAGCGCGCGGGAGCCGCGGGCGGGCCGCAGGAAGCAUGAAGGUCAUCACCUGUGAGAUAGUGUGGCAUAAUAAGGAGCCGGUUUACAGCUUGGACUUCCAGCAUGGAGCGGAUGGGAGGAUCAAUCGCCUGGCCUCGGCAGGGGUGGACACAGCCGUGAGGAUCUGGAAAGUGGAGAAAGGCCCAGAUGGAAAAGCCAUCGUGGAAUUCCUGUCCAACCUGGCGCGCCACACCAAGGCCGUGAACGUCGUGCGCUUUUCGCCCAGUGGGGAGAUCCUGGCCUCUGGAGGGGAUGAUGCUGUCAUUUUGCUGUGGAAGCUGAAUGACAGCAAAGAGCUGGAGCCGUUGGUUUUUCAGGAUGAAGAUGAAGCUCAGCUCAACAAGGAGAACUGGGCAGUCAUUAAAACUUUAAGAGGCCACUUGGAAGAUGUGUAUGAUAUUUGUUGGACCUCAGAUGGAAAUUACAUGGCAUCUGCUUCUGUAGAUAACACAGCAAUCAUGUGGGAUGUCAAUAAAGGACAGAAAGUUUCAAUAUUGAAUGAGCACAAGAGUUAUGUCCAAGGAGUAACCUGGGAUCCUCUGGGCCAGUAUAUCGCAACCCUGAGCUGUGACAGGGUCCUGCGAGUUUACAACACCCAAACCAAGCGAGUGGCCUUCAAUGUCACCAAGAUGCCAUCAGGAUCAGGAGCUGAAGGAGAGGCGAGGAGCUUUCGGAUGUUUCAUGAUGACAGCAUGAAGUCGUUUUUCCGCAGGCUCAGCUUCACUCCUGAUGGCUCCUACCUGCUCACUCCAGCUGGCUGUGUGGAAUCAGGAGAGAACGUUACAAACACCACCUAUGUUUUCUCCAGAAACAAUCUUAAAAGGCCCGUGGGUCACCUGCCCUGUCCUGGCAAGGGAACUCUGGCUGUUCGCUGCUGUCCUGUCUACUUUGAGCUGAGAGGAGCAUCUGCUAAAGAUGAAAUCAGUCCCAAAUCCCCCCCUGCCCUAUUUAACCUGCCCUAUCGGUUGGUGUUCGCUGUUGCUUCAGAAGAUUCUGUGCUGUUUUAUGACACUGAGCAGUCCUUCCCCUUUGGUUAUGUUUCCAACAUCCAUUACCACACCCUGAGUGACAUUUCAUGGUCCAGUGAUGGAUCCUUCCUGGCCAUUUCCUCCACGGACGGGUACUGCUCGUUCGUCACCUUCGGCAAGGACGAGCUGGGAGUGCCCCUGAAGGAAAAGCCCCAGAUCAAUGUCAGGACUCCUGGUGCAGCAGACAAGAAAGCCAAGAAGAGCCAGUCCCACAAAGUGAUUUCCCCAGGCUCCCGGCUGGCAGAGGGGACCCCUCCCAGCAGGGAUCCCCCCCUCCAACCUCGACCCCCUGGCACUGCUGACAAGGACCUGCCUUCCACACCUGUUGGCAUCAAAACCAUUCCAGUGCCAUCCUCAGAGGAGAGGAGAAGCAGCCAGGCAGCGAACCAGAGCAGCAAAGCCCCCCAGCCCAGGAGGGUCACCCUCACCACUCUACAGUCCUGUUUCAAAACACCCAGGAGAGUAAACUUGAUUUCCUUGAAGCCAGACACUCCAACCUCUGCAUAUCCAGACCCAGCUCCUGUCCCUCCUUCCUCAGAACAGGAACAUGAGAGAUCACUGCCCUCUGAUGAGAGCCUCCAAACUCCCCCAGCACAAAAACGUCCCAGGACUGAGGAAUUGUCCCUUCCUGCCCCUGCUGGAGAUCAAACCAGCUGUGAUCCCAACAAAUAAAGGCUGAGCAGACUCCUCACAGCCUGAAGUCAAAGCAGCCAUGUCUGAGUGCAUUUCUUUUUGCAAAAGUUCAACCCUCAACUCCCAAUUCAAGUUCCCUGUGCAUAUUUGAUGUAGAACUGUGAAGAAGCUGCCAGUGGAAGACACAGGUUUCAGGAAUGUGGUUCCGCCGUAGAAGAAAUAAUUGGGAAGUGACUUCAAGAAUAAGGAAAUCAGGGAAAUCUGAGGAUUAAAAAUCCAUCCAGUAAGCUGUGAGUCUCCAUCAGAGUUCCUAAAUCCACAUUUAUAAAGCAUUAUGUCUGCCAGUAAUGCGUCUGGCAAAAAGAAUUGAAUGCAUUCAUAAGAUUUGAUGUGGUUCAAGACCUAAAAAAGGGGGAAAUUGCAGCAUUUUGGUUUAUUUCUUCAACACUGUGUCAAAUAAUGCUCCUCGGUAGCUGUGGAGUGGAGCUGAUUGACUCUGAAAGCAGCAGCAAAGAUCAGGGCUGAGAUGUGGAAGCAGAAACGGGAAGAUUGAACUGCAAGAAACAAGCAAAGGGAGGAAACCCUCUGAAGAGCUGCUGUAAGAAUGAAACAGCAGCAAGUUCUUGUUUAAUUUCUGGACUUAAAAAAAGAAAUGCAGGUGUGAGAUUUUCCUGAGGCAGCAGCAUUUGAGUGUGUACAUUGAAAUUUCCCCUUUCCUUUUUUCCCCAAUAACUCCCUUAGCCAAUAAAACACACUCCAGUGGAUGGGAAACUUCUAAACCUGACAUUUUUUAGCAUUUAAUACUUCAUAAAAGCAGAAAUCUCAAUAUUCCAGAAGUGACUCACAGAAGUCUCACAGGGAGGAAAUAUUAACAAACACCUCUGUCAGUCUUUCAGGCAAAUGAACUCUUGCCUACAAUUAAAUUUCAACAAUUAAUAAGCAAGAAGUUGCAGGAAGCUUGAUGGGAGCUUGGUUUUCUCACUGUGCUGAGGAUGGAUCUUCAUUAGACUUAAUUAAACCUGGGUUUCCUUCUAGGGAAGAAUCAUAAACAGUUAAUUCUUACAUUUAUUUCUCUGGCUUGCUGAUAGAUCUUUUAAAAAAUUACAUUUGUGUCCUAAUUCUGCAUUCUUGAUUUUAUAUCUGUCCAUUCUCUGCAAAAAAAAAUUGUUUCUAUUCAUUCUAGAAUUACAUUUUAUAGUUGACUGAGGAAGAUUCGUCCUUGAGAGCAUUUCUCAGUUGGGAGAUGCAAACUGAAAAUCCUGAAAUGCCACAGGCAGCUCCAGCUUUUCCAUGGGUGUCUUUAGCAUCAUUUCUGUGGGAUAGGGAAGCCCUGUGGAUCAUCUCCAGUGCAAACUCUCCCUCAAAACCCACUUUUCCAUGGUUGAGUUUCUGCUCAUUAAAAUCUUGAGGAUUUCUUGCUCCUCCCCAAAAGCACGUGGACAUCCCACCUUGAAAUGCAGAAAUUUCUGGGAGCCACUGAACUGGGCAGGCCUUGUUCCAUAGAGCUUUGUAGGUAACUGCACCAGGGGUUUCAAGUAGAUUUUGAUAUUCUUCAGAUGGGUUUCAAAUAGAUUUUGCAAUUUUUUAGUUGGGUUUCAAGUGGAUUUUGCGGUUUUUCGGAUGGGUUUCAAAUAGAUUUUGUAACUUCCUAGCUGGUUGAGGAUUCACGUUUGUCUUGUUCCUGAAAAGACUUUCUGCUGUGUAAUAAUGGUGAAUUUUUAGACAGCCAGACCUUGUGCUCCUGUGCUGUUGGUUUUAAUUUUUAGCUAUCCAGAUGUCAAUAUUAAUUUAUCUUGUCAUUAAUUAACCACUGCAAUUUGGUCAAAAUUUCCUUGAUCCUUGCCCAUGGAUUCCAAACAGACUCUGUAUUUUCUGUGCACAUUCCCUGUGUUUAUAUGAACUUUGUUACCAAAUAAAGAGCAUAAAGACCAUAAAAUUAAUCAAGAAAAACAGA